CAUUGACAGAAAUAUCAAAAGAUGCAUAAAAAGUUUGUUUUGUUUCGCCUGGACUCAAUUUUUGACUUUCCCAAUUUUUAAAAAACUUUCAAACGUGUCUUUCUCUUAAUUUUUAUGUAUAUAUAGCCCGUAUUAUAAUUCAUCAAUAUAUCUGAUCUUCUAACAGACAGGUUCAAAAUGGAAUCAAGUCCCUUAGACUUUGUUGCCCAAGCAUCCAUGGAUUUGCAGGAGGCCCUAAGUAAUAAUGAAAAUAAAGAUACAGACAGGGAUACCUUGUUUAUCAACCAUAUCAAGAAAGUAUGGUCAGCUGUCGUUGCUGUAGAGGAUUUCAAAAAAAAUCUGGAAUGGGUAAAUGUUUCUGAACCGCUAUCUCUCUCCCAACACUGCUUGGAGAAGGUGGUUGUGCUGGACUUCUGGACAUACUGCUGCAUCAACUGUUACCAUGUGCUUCCUGACCUGGAAUACCUGGAAAAUCUACACAAAGGACAAAAUGGACUGGUUGUGAUCGGAGUCCACUGUGCAAAGUUCAAUAAUGAAAAGGAGUCAUCUAAUGUUCUAGCAGCUGUAAAAAGGUACAACAUCCACCACCCAGUGGUUAAUGACCCUGAACACGCCACAUGGACUGCACUCGGCAUCAAAUGCUGGCCUACUCUACUUAUACUUGGGCCUGGCAACAAGCCAAUAUUUGUCAUAACUGGCGAAGGUCAACGGGAGAUGCUGACGUCAGUGGUGGGCGCCGCGCUGAAGCACUUCGGCUCCAAGAUAUCCAACACCCCAAUGCCCAUUUCUCUGACAAAACAUUUGAAACCCAGUGAAAAAGACAAUGACGUUUUAUAUUUCCCUAGUAAGGUAUGUCUGAAUCCUUUUUACCGGGGUCGCGCUGAAGAGCCAUUCUUGGCCAUUGCGGACAGUGGCCACAAUCGGAUCUUGUUGACCGACUGUACUGGGAUCAUCCUGAGGAUUAUCGGAGGCACUGCUGCAGGAUUCAAAGAUGGCAAGGUGUGCUCAGCGCUGUUCAACUCCCCAAUGGGCGUGUGCUGGCUGUCGGGCAGCGUGCUGGCCGUGUGCGACGCCGGCAACCACGCGCUGCGCGCCGUGCACCUCGACGACGGCGCCGUCGAGCUGCUGGCCGGCACGGGCCGACAGGCGCACUACGGUGAUCAAGGCGGCAAAUGUCUUGGUCUCCAAGCGUUGGCGUCUCCGUGGGACGUGGUUCUGUUCACCACCCCUGACAUGGACAUGUCUGUGCGACCUCCCCCUUCACUGCCGCCCCCCAUCCCCCCGCUGAACGGGGAGAAAGAGAAAGACGAAAAAGAGGAGAAGAAAGAAAAAGAAAAGAAGGAUGAAAAACGUCGCGUGCUAAUAAUAGCGUGCGCGGGCUCGCAUCAGAUGUGGGGACUCUUCUUGGACACUACCAUUUGGUGGAAGUACAAAACUUAUUCUGAAGGUAGUUGCGUGUGUAUCGCGGGGUCGGGCGCGGAGGCGGCGCGCAACAGCGCCUACCCGCACACCGCCGCCUUCGCGCAGCCUUCCGGGCUCGCACUACGGACUGGUACGAACCCCGAAGUGUUCAUAGCAGACUCCGAGAGCUCCUCCAUCAGACGACUGGCGCUAUCUACCGGUCAAGUCUCCACUCUUUGCGGGGGUGACCGCAACCCUUUGAAUCUAUUUGCAUUCGGCGACGUGGACGAAAUCGGUGUAGACGCGAAACUGCAGCACCCUCUCGCCGUGGCGUACUGUGAGUCCACCAAAACUCUAUACAUCGCCGACACAUACAACCAUAAAAUUAAAAAGGUUGACGUCUCCACGCAAAAGGUCUCCACUCUCUCCCCCACCAUGAUCGAGACUGCCGACCCGGUCAAGUUCAACGAACCCUCAGGACUCUCCAUGAGCCCCGACGGGAAGUACCUAUACAUCGCAGACACCAACAAUCACAGCAUAAAAGUUUUAAAUCUAGCAAAAAAUGUAUGCCAAGAGCUGAAAGUACGCCUUCCGGACCCGAAGUUCACCGAACCCGACAACCUUAUUCUGUACAAAAAUGAUUUAUUCGUCAACAAAAAAUGCGGAAAUUUAGUAAUUUAUUUCAAUGUGAGCCUCGAAGCUGAAAUAAAGAAUGUCAAAUUCACUCCUGGAGCACCCCAGAAUUGGCACGUGUGUGUGCGUGACGACAGCAAUAAAGACGUCACCCUAGACGAUUUCGAAUUCAUCGGCUGCUCACAUAAAGGGAACAAACUGCCCGGGCGAGUCGAAAUGAAACUCAAACAGAGAACAGAUAAGACUCACUAUCGCUUGUACCUCAGCUUCAACACAGCGCUGUGUGACGGCACCGUGUGUUUCACACACUCGUUUACAAUCAGAUCGACUAUUUUGGUCCGCGAGUCGGUGAAGUUGGUAGAAUCUUACAAAAUCACUUGCAAAGUGAAUCCGGUCAGCCAUCGCCCGGAGAACAAGAGUGAUAGUAAGAAAGACGCGUCGUUACCAUUGUAAAGUUCACAUUCAUAUAAAUUAUAAUAUAAGUAAUAUGAUCCCCAACACUAUAAUCUUUUAUAGUAAGUACUAAAAAGCAUAAUUACUUUCUGAGAUGAAGUUAUACACAUAUCUAUACUGUUAUUAUAAAGAGGUAAGCGUUUUGUGAGUUUGUAUGUUUGAGGCGGAUAAUCUCCGAAACUACCGAACCGAUUACAAAAAUUCUAUCACCAUUAGAUAGGUAUGUUAUCCAAUAUUGCUAUAGACUAUAUUUUAUCUCAAAAUUCCCACGGGAGCGAAGACCCGGGCAACAUCUAGUAUAUACAUAUAUAUAUGUAUAAUGAAUUGUGACUUGAUUUUGCCUAGGUCUAACCAAGUGCGAACGCGGAAGUACCUAAGCAUAAUUCGUUUAUAUAAACCAAAAAAUGUAAUAUUAGGUGAAAGAUCAUCAGAUCAUCGGUGAUUCACAAAUCGACUCUUGUAUUGCAAUGGUAUACUCUCUUGAUAUUAUACUCCAUUUACUGUAUUUUAUGUAAGCAAUAGUUACGUUUUGUUGAUUUUAUGUUCGAAUUGUUGUUUUUAAGUUGACCUCAUUAAUUUUAAGUGAACAUUAUAUGGUAAUAGGAAUGAUGAACUAACAAUUUUACGUAAAAGUAAAUAAUAUAUUUUUUAUAAGAU